AUGGAAUCCUCACAGAGUCACUCGCAGGCCCAAACAUCGCUCUUCCAGGUCUAUCUUCGGUUACGACCACCAAUUAACCAAAGCACCGAGUCGCAAAUCCAAAAGUCGGAUUACCUGAUAGUCGACCCGCCAGUUGAAGCCGAGAGCAGCAGUGCCUUUGAUGGAUCCAGAGCAUGGCCGACCUGUAUCACGCUCCAACCCCCGAACGAGUCGAGGAAGAGAGCUGUCGAGAAGUUUGCGUUCACCAAGGUUUUUGAGGAGCGGGCUACUCAAUUGGACGUGUUUGAAGAAACCGGAAUGACUUCUAUAAUAAAGGGAGUUCUAGACGAAGGCCGUGAUGGGCUGGUUGCGACACUGGGUUCCCAUACGAUCCUCGGUUCGAAAUCACAGCGCGGAAUGACGCAGAUGUCGCUCGAUGUCCUUUUCAGAUCCCUUGCCCCGUCCCUCCAAUCCCCGGAGAACCCGUUGCUGGUUCAGUCUUUAGCGAUCUCAGAUCCCUCCGAGGCCCAGAUUUAUUCCGCGAGAUCGUUCAUCGACGCUGUAUACGCUGAUCCGUAUUCGGAUCGAGGACGUGGCUCUAGAGCCCAGACGCCUUCAUCGAGAGCUCAGACGCCAUUGGUAGGCAGUCCAUCUCAGUUCCCAUCCCCAAGCCCGCACAAGACACAGAGCCCUUCGAUUGGACUUUAUGCUUCAGUUCCCAGGCCGAUUAUUGGAUAUCCCGAUUCACUGAGGGGCUCAUGUGCAUCUACAAUCCGGCUUCUGAAUUCUACAGAUUCCGAUGCAGGCGGUUUGUCUAUAUGGCCUGCACCUAAGAAGCUUACUCUCCCUUCCCAAUUGCCCUUCUGGAGAACUCAUAGAAUUCAAAGAAAUAAAGCUAAACUCCAGUCUUCUCUCAAGGAAACCCCGACUACAACCACGUUCCCUCGCCGUCACCAGCCCCCACGACCCAGUGCCUCUCCACACACCCCCGAUGUCAGUGACUUUGUAAUUCCUAUGCCCGAAAAUGAGGAAUAUGCGGUUUUGGUGUCCAUGUAUGAAGUAUACAACGAUCGUAUCUUCGAUCUUCUUUCGCCAAGCGGUGGAGCGUCGAACCGCCAGGCGAAUACCCAAAAGGAGCGCCGUCGACCGCUAAUAUUCAAACCAACAGAAGGCUCGACGGACAGAAAAGUUGUCGCUGGGUUACGAAAGGUUGUUUGUAGCACUUACGAUGACGCACUAAUGGUUUUAGAGACCGGAUUGAUUGAAAGGAAAGUCACUGGAACAGGUAGCAACAGUGUUAGCUCGAGAAGUCAUGGGUUCUUCUGCGUCGAAGUCAAGAAGAGAAUUCGCAGCGGGAGAUAUGGGGAAGAAUCAUGGGUUGGAAAUACAUUAACAAUCGCGGAUCUUGCCGGAUCUGAGCGCGCCAGAAAUGCAAAAACUGCGGGUGCAACCCUCGCAGAAGGCGGUAAAAUCAACGAAAGUUUGAUGUACCUGGGCCAAUGCUUGCAAAUGCAGGCUGGAUUGCAAGCGGGUAGCAAGGCACUUGUUCCUUUCAGACAGUGCAAGCUGACAGAACUGCUGUUCUCAAAUUCCUUCCCCUCUGCAAACCAGACGGGACAUUCAUCAUCGAGGAAUCCGCAAAAAGCAAUCAUGAUAGUAACUGCAGAUCCGCUGGGUGAUUUCAACGCAACUUCUCAAAUUCUAAGGUAUUCCGCAUUGGCGAGAGAGGUCACGGUUCCUAGAAUCCCGUCUGUCUCAAGCACGAUCCUAGCUGUUCCAACCAAACCCGUUCAAGGUGGCAAGUCGGCCUUCCUGUCAGCCUCCGCAGAGGAGUUAGAACGGGCAGCGUUGGAAAUUGCAAAGCUAAGUGAUGACUAUGACGCCCUAGAGUUGAGAUUGGCGGAAGAGGAAAUGGCACGGGAAGAGGCGGAGAUCAGAUGGAAGGCUGCGGAGGAGAAAUGCUUGCUCCUUGAUCAAGAAAUCAGAGAAGAGUGCUUUGCAGAAAUGGAAGAGCGGAUUGAAGAAGAGAGGAAGAGAUGGCAGCAAGCUUGGGAUGAACAAACUCGUCGACAUGAGGACCAUCUUGAUAAGAAACUAGACCUUCUGUCACGAGGUGUUGAAAGUAUGGCUUUCCUCUUUUUAAACCCCCCUGUUGGCAUUCUAGCACGAGUUGACAACUAA